AUGCCUCGUUCAUACCAUCGGUCCCAGCUAGCCGUGCACAUCAAACGGGCGAUUUGCACCCACCAUGUCGCCAACCCCCAGCUGCGCCAUGUCGAUCUCAGCCAUUGGUGUUUCACCCGCUUCGGCAUUAGGCCCGAUCGUUUGACUAUUGGGCGAGUCCUGAAGGUGUCAAAACGAUGGGCCUCCGCAUCAUCCGAUAGCAACAUCGUCCGCGUGCGAGGAGGCGCACACCCGGAACUGGAGCGUGCGAUGGCCCGCUGGAUUGCCAAUGCGGGCCCGGCUGGCAUGCCGCUCACACUUGCGACCAUUCGCGAGCAUGUCGUGAGUAUGGCCUGCGGCAUGUCUCUUCCGCCGACAUUCCGCUGCUCCGUCGGAUGGGUUCUCCGAGCGUUGCGCCGCCAAGGUGUCCGGUGCAUCAGCGCCUGCGGCGAGGCAGCUGACCAAGACGUCGCCGCCGUCCGUACGACGCAGGAGAAGCUCCCACAGCUGCUCAGGCACCUUUCGGUGAGGCCGCGCGACACCUACAAUUUCGACGAAACCGCCCUCUACAUAUCCGUGCUUCCACGCAAGACGUACAACGCCGGCCGGGUGGCGGGAAGGAAGGCGGUGAAGGAUCGACUCACCGUCGGCUUUCUCGUCCACGUCGACGGAUCGCAUUCCUUCCGUCCCUUGGUGAUUUCCAAGGCGAAGCGCACUCACGACUUCCACCCCGACUACGACCCCGAGGAGGUUUGCUACUGGCGAAACACCGCAAAGGGCUGGAUGACUUCACCGCUAUUCACCCACUUCAUCGAGCAGCUGAAUGCUGCCAUGUAUGCCGAGGACCGGCAUAUUGUGAUUCUGCUUGACAACGCGAACAGCCAUGUCCUGAAAUCGGAAGGCGCCACCACGGAGGACCUAUUCGGGUUCCGCACACGCUCGCUCUCGAACAUCUGCCUCGUGUACCUCCCCCCGAACACCACCUGCUUCACCCAGCCCCUCGACCAGGGGCUGAUCGCCAUGGCGAAGCGCGCGGUACCGCCGGCAUUGGCUCCGUGCCUUCACCACCCUCUGGAAUGCGGACAGAGUGACCUCCGUUGCUGGUGGCGCAUCGGCUGCCUCCCGCGCGCAUGGGCGAUGGAUCUUCCGCACGUGGGAGGUGAUGACGAUGGUGCGGGCGGGGCUGAGGAUAUUGGGCUCGAGGAGGAGAUUAGGGAUCCGCCUACCGCGCCUUCGGCGGAGAUGUGGGAGGCCCCCGCCACCAUGCAAGCCGUCUACGAAGACAGCAACCCCGCAUCUCGCGAAGCAAGGCGCUACGCACGCGCGGCCUCUGAGAUGCUCAUCGGCUACGCGAAGGCAACCGGCAUCACCCCGCGGGACCUAUGCGCGCUUUUCGACAUCUGCAACCCUAUCAUUAAGGCGCGGAUGGAGCGUGCAAGCCCACCGUUUAAUCUGAACAUGACCCCGCCGCCUGCCGUGCCCGAAGGCGCCACUUCGCCGGCAGAGACCCCUCGUCGUCGUGGUCGUGUGCUGCCGGCAUGGAUGACAGAGCCGACCCCAUCGUGGGUGACCCUGGCUCAGCAGGCGGUGCGCCGCCAGGAGCUGAUUGACGGUGGUGUGCCUGCCGUCAUGGGCGGCUACAUGGCUGCCGCCGAAUGGAUGCGGCUGUGA